GCAUCCCCUGGUAUGAUUGGCGGAGAUCUCGACAGCAGCCCGCUUCCUGUACAACCGUCCAAUCACCGACCUGACACUGUUUCGACGCGUCCAACGUGUGUUGUUGUAGUGAGAGGCGAAGAUGGAGUAGUCUGUGGGGAAAGGAAGGAGUUACUUUUCCUAAAGAGCUUCAGUACUGUGUUUUUCUGCAUACUAAUGCAGAGAGUAGGGAUUUUUCUGCAGGGGUACAUUCUCCAGGACAACACUGAAGCACACAAUGGAGGAGGGCGGAAAUUUCUCCCUUUGUGGAAAAGCAGCUGUAACUGAGGCUAAACUAAGAGAUGAUUACUAUUGGAAGCUUGUUGCGGAUUUCAUUGGUCCUCAAUCAGGGGAAGGAUUAGAGCUUGAAAAGGCACCAUGCAAGAACAGACUUUUGAUUCAAGUAGGACUCAUGAGAGAGGAUAAUAAUUUUCCGUGGAUUGCCAUCGUAGAUUGGCUCAAGAAAAUUUUCCCCAGGCACCAGUCGGCUGAUUUUCGUCGUUUGAUUGAAAGAGGCAUCGCAACAACAUUGAGUCUGGGAAGUGAAGCGAGGCUGACAUUCCUGGAAUCAGAUGUCAACUUUAACUUCGUUGGCCCAAUUUGUGAUAGCAUUGGGGUUGAACGAGAACAUCUUUUGGAAAUGAAGGAUUUUUCAGAGCGAGCACAAUCAAUUGAAGUCACAAAUGGAUUGAUUCUCGAGUUAAGCAACUUUGUCACCAGGGAGAAAAUUGCUCCAGUCGUUAUAGUUACUUGGCUUAGAAACUUCAACCCUGAGUUUUGUAAGAAUGGAGAUAUUCAAAAGGCAUAUAAGGUCCUUAGGGCCAAGAUAAAAAAGUUAAAACUGGUUUGCCGCAACUAUGAAACAAGAAGUCAUAGGAGGAAUGCAGCGAUGGAAAAUCUGCUUCAAAGUCCAUUUGAACUGGUGCGGAAAAAAACACCUAAAUUUGUGGUGAAAAAACGCAUGAGAAGAGAUGACGCCAUCAAUUAUGAAAAAGUUACAAUCAAGGAGGAAUAUGAGAGCUAUGAAAUCAUGCAAGGUGAGGGGUCUGAGAUGAACAGAGGACUCGUAAAGAAAAUAAUACUGAAAGAACAUGUUUCUGCUCAUGAUGAAAGUGAUGAGGAUUUGGAUGCAUCCACCAGUGGAGAGGAAAGCUCAGAAAACAAAGGAGAGGCCCUGACUCUGCUUGACAUUGCAAUGCUGUCUGUCCAAAAGCUGUCAAGUGUGUAUGGUGGGAAAACCACAGCGUGCAAGCAAGUUUCCUUGGAUCUCCUCAAAAAUCAGUAUACUCUAACAUGCAAGGAGCAUCCAGCCAUGGCAGAGUUUGAGAAAAAACUCGACUCACUCUGUGGAGACAAUUCACUGGCCUCUCCUGUGGUGUUUUUAAACUACAACGCCAAUUUCCUUGUUGACAUGCAUGAUGCAGUUGAGCAGCACAUUAUGAGCUUUGAAAAAGAGAUCAUUCUGUCAACAGGAGAGAAGCUAGGCCGUGACAAGCUUCCAACAUUCAAGAACUUUGUGAAUCUGUCAGAAAGUGCCACUUCACGCUACAUUCACAUGGCUUGUGAUAUCUUAAGCCCUCGCACCCCUGAUACGCAAAACUACAGAAAAUACUGGGUAGCCUUCUGUGAGGAGAAGAAAAAUCCCUCCAGACUUUCAGUAAAUCAGCCAAACCAAUUCAGCCACUACUUUGAAGCUGCAGCGGGUCUUAUUCACCAUCACAAAGAAAUCGCUCUCUUCUUCUCUGAUUUGCUGUCACUGAACAACGACGAAUGCCCAAACAUCAUUCUUGAGAGUGUCGCCGCUGAUGCUAAUGAUUCUGUGAUUCAGAGCCUUGUGUGUGUUCUGGCCAUCGUUUACUGCAAAAUCCUCGGCCCUUACUGGCAGCUUCUGAAGAGUGGAGGAGAGUACUCACUCUUCAGCCAGUACAUACUCUGCCUCUACCAAAAGUUCCUUGAUUGGUCCAAAGAUCCUUCAACUCUGCUGGAACCUGAAGGGGCCACAAAUGUUUUUCUUCAGUUCCCAUUGCAAGAGAAAACCUUUGAUGGAGUGUUUCAUUACUGUGGUCAGUGGCACACAAAUAGGGACCUAAUCAGAGCUUGCUUGAAGAGGACAAUAAAGGUGAUUGCAGCCGUCACUGAUGAACACCUGAAGGAUUUCCUGCCAGGAGGAAUGCUUUCCAAAGUCCCUCCACCAGAUUUGAGCUUGCAGCUGGUAAGUUGCACAUUCUCUGUCCUGAUGGCGGAGUAUCCCUUCGGCCACGCGUACCCUUACAAGAAUAAAAGACCUGAAAAGUCCUCUAAACAUUCCUCACGCAAGAACAUGUCAUCGGAUAGCUCUCAGGAAGAUGAUGACCGGUCUGGUUCAUUCGACGACAGCUCUGAUGAAUCUUCCGGUUGGCGAGCCAAAAAGACUACACACUUUGGCCAAAAAAAUGACAGCAGUCCACUGAUAAAAAAAGGUUACAGGACUAAAAGAGAAAAGGCAGUAAGAGUACAUCAAGAAGAGCUUGAGGAGAACAUGGACAGGGAGUACAUAAUAGCCACAGUGAGCAGAAACGGAGGGCCAUGCAAGUCACAGCAGGAUGUCGACAAAAUGCUGCUGCGUUUUGAUGGGAAACCCCGAGCAGAGAAACGAGAAGCAGUCCGUUGUGAGAUACUGUACCAGAAAAUGAUUCUCAACAACACAGACGCACACUUGGAUUGCAUUUUCCGAAACAGCACACAAAUGGUGUUGAAGCUAAAGCUUGCGCUUCCACGUGUGAAACCUGGGUACUCUCUUGUUUUGGCACCUAAAAAGACAAAAAUAAAGCCUGUGCUCAAAGAACCAGUUGAAACUGCAACUGAGCAGAGUAAAGGCAGCAGCAUGUGAGAGCCUUAAUUGCAUCUAAAAAGUGUGAUACCAUUAGAGGCAACUAGUGGUAUAAUGUGACUUCCUCACAUGAUUGCAUAUUCACAAACUAAGCAGAAAUACACACAAUGACCUCAAUCUUUCAACACUAAUACACUAUAAUGUAUGAUUAUGUAUAUGCCAGAUGAAGCUGUCAUGUGUGCUGUACAAACAAUAUUUUUGAUGCCAUUAGUUGGACAGAUUGAUAGAUUUUUAACUGAUAUUUUUGAUAUGAUACAACCUUCAUAGCACUGUAUUGUAUGAAAGGCAACCUUUUUUUGUUGCCCAAAAGAAACCAAUAUUGUUUUUUUUUAAUAUAUAUAUACAAGAUGUACCUGUUGUGAUCAUGCAGAGGUCAGUCAGUUACUACUGCUGACUUCAGAUAUUAUAUGAACCACUGGCCAAAUAAACAUCAAUGUUCAUAUUUUA